CGAGCCUUCGAUCCGCAGCUCGUCCUCGUCUCGGCCGGCUUCGACGCGGCGGGAGGCGACAGGGUGGGCGGGAUGGACCUCACCGCGGGUGGGUUCGCGGGGAUGGCGGCGCGGUUGCGGUCGCUGGCGGGUGGGCGGGUGGUCUUCGCGCUCGAGGGGGGCUACAAGCCCUCCCUCGCUGCUAAGGGCGUCCUCGCGUGCGUCCGCGUGCUGCUCGACGACCCCUCCGUCGGCCCGGCCGCGAGGCUGCCGCAGGGCGAGCCGCGCGUCGACUUUGGAGGGAUCGCGCGCGCGGCGCACCACGCACUCCUCGAGACGCUGCGAGCGCACGCCGACCUCUGGCCACUCCUCAAGGGCUCGCCCCUCGCCAACCACCCCUCCCUCCCGCUCCGCCUCUCGGAACGACCCUCCGCCGCGCACUCCGACGGCGACGGCGACGGCGGCGGCGACGCCGACGGGCCCCUCCGCCCUGGCCCCGCCGCCGCCACCGCGGUGCCGUCGACGCAGGGUGCCGCGACGAGCGGCGGUUCGAGCGGCGGUUCGAGCGGCAGCGAGGGCGUCCAGCAGUGCAGGAGCUGCUCGUGCCGGCUGCCAAAGGGCGCGUUCUCCGCCAGCCAGCUACGGCGGAGGCGGGCCGGCGAGCGCGUUUGCAAGGGGUGUUCCGGGAUCUCCAUGCCGAAAGGAGCUUUCCAUGCGGCCAAUCGAGGACAUAAUUCUAUUGGGAUUCCCGCAGUACGCGUGUCGAGUACGCAUGAUGAUGUGACUGAUUUGUGAGUGUGUGGUG